CAUUGCUGUUUCACACGCUCUUCUUCCAGUCCAGCAAAGCAGGACUGCACCAAGCUUCAACCAAUCAUGAGGCUCCUCUGUCUUCUUUUUGCCAUCUUCUUAUUCUUCUGUCAAGCAUUUCCAGGAAAUGCUCAAGCUCCACCAGAUACAUUAGAAUGUGUUCGGAAUGGAGGUUCCUGUAACUCUCAGCCAUGCCGUUUGCCUUCACAGCCUACAGGAGGGACAUGUCAUAAUGGACUCUUGAACUGCUGUAAAUGGUAA